AUGAGUGUCAGCGAAGUCUCUGCGCGAGAGCCGGCCCAGAAUGCCGUUAUCCAGCGGCGCUCACACGCCAUAGCCGACCAGGUUGCAGAGCAGCAAGGCUGGCUGGAGAAGAAACUGAAGCCGAAGACCGUUUCGGCGAGAUACCCCUUCAAAGGGACCCCGUUGCUGUAUGCGACCUGCGCUUUUGGGAGUCUGGGAGAUGGCUUGUUUGGGUACAACUCCGGUAUUAUGUCCGGCCUGCUGGUCAAUGAGGCCUUUGUGGCCCGCUUCUUCAAAGACUACGGUGGUGCCGAUGGAACGACAACCGGCGUCAAUUCGUCCAUCACCGGAAUAUCUGUUGCCUGCUUGCAAGCGUCAGCUGCUGUCGGUGCCCUCAUUGCUGGACGCCUUGGGGACAUUGUCGGACGAAAGAAGUGCGUUCGCCUCGGUGGAUUCAUUUACUUCUUCAGCGCCUUUAUUCAGAUGUUCGCUCCCGGCUUCGGAACGUUCUUGGCCGGCCGUACCAUUCAGGGAUUGGGGGUCGGGUUUCUGUCCAUGACCGUGCCUAUCAUCCAAACCGAAAUCGCUGCACCGCACCGCCGCGGGUUGAUGGUGGGAAUUGAGUAUACGUUCUCGAUAGCAGGGUAUAUGCUUUCAUGCUGGGUUGACUAUGGGUUUAACUUCUUACUACCAAGUGAGAUGUCAUGGAGGGGGCCGUUCAUUGUGCAGAUCGCGCUGUCUUUCAUCCUCUUGGCCAUGUCCUUCUUCCUCCCAGAGACUCCCCGUUGGCUAGCGAAGAAUGGUUUUAUGGAGGAGAGCCUCCAGACAGUGGCGGACCUGCACUCUAACGGCGACACCAAUGCUCAGCACGUACAGCACGUCUUCCUUGAAAUCCAAGAAGCUGUCAUUUACGAAACCAACCUGGGCAAGUCUAGCUGGACGGAAAUGUUCACUCGGUAUCGCAAACGAACAAUCGUCGGCAUCACUGUGCAAAUGUUUGCUCAACUCAACGGAAUUAACAUCGUCUCCUUCUACCUCCCUAGUACCCUCGCGUCUGCCGGAUUCGACAAUAGAAAGUCACUGCUGUUUACCGCCGCCAAUGCGAUUCCAUACACCGCUGCCACCAUCGUUACCUGGUGGUUAGCAGACAGAUGGGGAAGAAAGCCACUGCUUAUUCUAGGAGGUCUCGGCAUGGCAAUCCUCCUCGCCGUCGUCUGCGCCUUUACACAAGCCAACCUCGACAUCAAAACCAAAGCCGACGGACAGUACGCAUUCGUAAUGCUGUACAACAUAGUCUACGGAUUCACCUGGGGACCUAUGCCGUGGCUCCUCCCCGCCGAGAUAUUCCCCCUCCGCGGCCGCAGCAAGGGCAUGGCGCUGGCAACAACAAGCAACUGGGUGUUCAAUUUCAUUAUCGGCAUGGUCUCCCCGGAUGCAUUUGCCGGUAUCCACGGGUACUUCUACGUUAUCAUCGCCGGGUUUUGUCUGUUCUCUGCUGGGCUAGUGUACUUUUACUACGUGGAGACUGCGAACCACUCGCUUGAGGAGAUUGCGGCGUUGUUUGGCGACCAGGCGUUUGAGAAUGAGGUUGUGGAGAUUGGAGAUGUCCGGAAAGAUGAGGUUAAGGAUGUCGUUUGA